UGAGAGGGUGAGGCAGCAGCAUGCAGCAGCAGAUCUUCAGGCAGAGCGACGAGCACUUUGAGGUCUACACCACCAUCUUCUCUCCUCAAGUGUGCAGGUCUGGGACAAGGACCGGGAUCAGGGACAGGACAAGCACCGGGAUUGGGUCCAGGUCCCGGUCCAGAGAUGUGGAGGCAGAGAAGAUGGUGGUGGCGACGCAGCACCGGUCCAGCUGGAAGAAGGAGCUGGACCUGAACCAGGGAGACCUGAUCCAGGUCCUGUUUAAGGAGGACGAGGCCUGGUGGUUUGGACGGCGGAGCGACGGGAAGGAGGGUUUUUUUCCUGCAGCCUGCGUGGAGCCGCUCCAGGGCGGAGAAUCUUCUGGAGCUCUGCCCAUGUUGUUGAAGCGGGGUUCGGUACCAGUGGCCUCAAUGACAGAAGCGCCCCCCAGUGGUAGAACUAGCAUUCAGAGGCUGCUGAGGAGAACCAGCCUCCGACUUGAUGGAAACCUGGCGACGGCUCCUCAGGGCUCCCCGAGCCUCCUUCACCGCGUCUUGGCCAGGUCCAGGAGGAAGAGUUGUCCCCACCUUCCACACUCUGCUCCGGACACCGGCUCCAUCAACACCACCUUCCAGCUGGACUAAGAGGAAGACCUGGCCGAGCUCUCAGUACUUCUGUUACUACCAAAGGGGCUGAGCGGAUGGACGCGCUCCGAAGGUCAUGUCUGACGUCAGGCAAGGAGUCUCAUGUAUAUAUAUUUUUUGAGGUCAUAAAACUGAUUUAUUUGCUUGUCAAUCUAAAACAAAUCACUUCUAUUUGCAUCAUCUUAUUUCAUUGUCUUUGCCUGAGAGACGAGAGACUGUUGUGAAUUAUCCUAGAGAAGUAGCCACUCAGAUCGUAUAGUACAGGUAGACGCCAAUGGGGGUAAGUCACAACUGAGGGGGCAAACGUGAGAAAAACGCUUAGGAAAUACGUUGAGGGACGUGUGCACGUAAUUAGGAGAGAACCCGGGCAAUUUUAAAAAUAAAAGAUAUAUAUACAUACAUAUAUACAUUCUUUCUGUGUCGGCCCGCUGGUUGGGGACCUAUAGACGACUAUCAGGAGGAUCUUAUGGAGGACGACCACAUCGAUGAUGACGACGCUGAUGGUUGAAAUGAUUCCUCAGACAAUCACAUGGAUUUAGAACCUCUAUAUGAUGAAUAUAACGUGUUAUCGUUACUUAAUAGAAAAUAAAAAUCCCACAAGUGUU